UUCGAACACAGUGAGUAACAUUCCCAAAUCGGGUAAAAACGAGUUUGACCCAUUUCAGAAUGAUCUGACUCAACUCAAGCAAAUUACAAAACUAUUGCGCGUUAAUUUUUUCGCCGGAGACCGCCGAUGUAUAAUAUUUCCCCAAUUUAUCGGUCCAUUUUAGUCCUCAUCAACUGAGCAAAGUAACAAAUUCGGCGCCGUUUAGCUUCCGUUUUACCAGACAAUUUUGUAACUAAUGGAUUUGAAUACACAACCUGAAGAGUUUGAAGAUAGAAGAAAGGGUAUUUUGGGAAGUUUUUCAGGGCACGAGCUUGUACAUAGAGAAGAUAGUGAUAGAAGACAACAAUGGAGUUCGAAAAGGAAAUUCCAAGGCGAAGAGGGUGGUCGUCAAUUCCAUUAUCGCGGCCAUCAAUCUUCUAAUAAUAAUCAACGGUUUGGUAACCGUGGAACUUAUGAUGAAUAUGCGCUUCCUCCUGGUUGGUUGGGUUGCCCUGCUUAUGGUGAAGCUAUAGGUCGUAUAAUUCCUUCGAAAGUUCCACUUAGUGAGUCCUUCAAUAAAAACAUUCCAGGCAAAAGAUACACUCCACAACAUGUGAUAAAUGAACAAAGACAACUUGGAAGAGAAAUUGGUUUGGUGAUUGAUUUAACAAAUUCUGUUCGCUACUACCCCAUAUCAGCUUGGUCAGAGGAAGGGAUUAGCCAUAUCAAGAUUAGAUGCAAGGGCAGGGAUUCUGUACCUGAUGAUGCAUCUGUAUAUAAGUUUGUCGACGAGGUUUCACAAUUUUGCUCCCAGACAACAAAUGGAGAGAAGUGUAUUCUUGUCCAUUGUACACAUGGCCAUAACCGCACAGGCUAUAUGAUUGCUCAUUUUCUCAAGCGGACGAGAUCUAUCUCUGUCACUGAGGCAAUAGGUAUAUUUGCUAAGGCACGCCCUCCUGGAAUCUAUAAAGAUGACUAUAUUGAUUCAUUAUACACCUUUUAUAAUGAAAAUAGGCCUGAUCAAGUUGUUUGUCCGCAAACUCCUGAGUGGAAAAAAAUUGACGAUGCUGAAUUUAACAGUGCAGCUUUGCAAGAUCAUAAGAAUGGAUCUGCUCCUUUGCAUGAGAACCGCAUGGAAAAUCAUGUAAUGACAAUUGAUGAUGUGCUGGGAGAUGCGGUGUCUUAUGACAAACUACAAGAAUUGCGACUAAUCUGCUAUGAUAUGCUUAAACUUGGAAUUCCGGCAAGAGGAAAUCUACAAUUUCCAGGGUCUCAUCCAGUUUCUCUUAAUGGGGAUAAUCUACAACUAUUAAGACAGCGGUAUUACUAUGCCACAUGGAAGGCCGAUGGAACACGAUAUCUAAUGUUAAUAACUUGGGAUGGAUGUUACUUGAUAGAUAGGAAUUUUACCUUUCGAAGAGUUGAUAUGCGGUUCCCUUGCAAACAAAAAGAUAAGGUUCACCAUUACACGUUGCUUGAUGGAGAGAUGGUUAUAGACACCGACUCUAAUACACAAAAGAAAGAGAGAAGAUAUCUCAUUUACGAUGUCAUGGCAAUUAACGAAAUAUCUCUAGUGGAGAUGCCCUUCCAUGAGAGGUGGAAGAAGCUAAAUAAAGAAGUGAUUGAACCUCGAAAUCAAGAGCGCGAGGUUCUUUCUAAGAGCCUAGCUCCAUAUUAUAGAUAUGACCUGGAACCAUUUAGUGUGAGGAGGAAGGAUUUUUGGUUGCUGUCUACUGUAGAUAAGCUUCUAAAGAAAUUUAUCCCUAAACUUCCACAUGAAGCGGAUGGUCUCAUAUUGCAGGAUCUGCCGAAGGGAUGGGAUGAUCCUUAUGUGCCGCGCACACAUGAAGGGCUUCUAAAGUGGAAAUAUGUUCAUAUGAACUCAGUUGAUUUUCUUUUCGAGUUGGGAGGUCAUGAUCGCCCACUUCUUUUUUUAUAUGAACGUGGGAGAAAGAAGCUCAUGCAUGGAAAUAGUGUUGUAUUUAAUGAUGCAAUAGAUGCAUCUUCAUGUUCAGGAAAGAUCAUCGAGUGCUCGUGGGAUCCCGAGAGGCAGUUAUGGAUAUAUAUGCGGAUUAGGACCGACAAAUCAACACCAAAUGAAUUCAAUACUUACAGAAAGGUAAUGCGGAGCAUAAGAGAUAAUAUUACGGAGGAAGUUUUAUUCAAAGAGAUCGAUGAGAUCCUUCACUUGCCAAUGUAUGCCGAUAGAAUUCAGAAUGAUAUAAAGGCUCAUCAAAAUACAGUUUCCGCACGGCGCAGGUGAUACGGCGAUUAAACAAGAAUUUAUGAGUAGCUAUAAUCAUGCAUUGCUGUUUAGUUUUCUUCCUCAUAGGUUACGUAUAAUGAGUUAUUGAGCAGUAUCUUAUAAUUCGCAUAGAGUUUUCUACGUUUUUAGCGGGCUGCCAUAUAACCAGCUUAUGCUUAACCUUGUAUUGUUAGCAAUAUAGUUAGUACUCUCAUUCUUUGUUCUUGUUAGCAAUAAUAUAGGCUCAAUUUAGAUGUUUGUGACAUAUUCAAGGAUGCACUACUAUUUGUUAUUAUGGAAGAUGCAUUAAAACA